CGCGCCAGCUGCCGCACGUCAUGAUUCUACCCCAGGUGAGCGACGAUGUACCCAGACACCAGUACCACCCCGUCGUUAACAGGACGACCGCCGAUAAUCAGCAACUUGACAGACGGGGAAGAAGAUCUGCCUGAGGACGCUUUCUCGCUGCUGUCGGUGCUCCUAGUUGGAUUUCUCCUCGUGAUCCUCAUAUUCUUCUCCGUCGCCGGCAACGUUUUGGUCUGCGUGGCAAUUUACACUGACCGCGGGCUACGGAGGAUCGGCAACCUCUUCCUGGCCUCCCUGGCCGUCGCCGACCUCUUCGUCGGUGGGCUGGUGAUGACCUUUGCCGGGGUCAACGAUCUCCUCGGCUACUGGAUCUUCGGAUUGUGGUUCUGCGACAUCUGGAUCGCUUUCGAUGUUAUGUGCAGCACUGCCUCUAUUCUGAAUCUAUGCGCCAUAUCGCUCGACCGUUACAUACACAUCAAGGAUCCCCUCAGAUACGGCCGUUGGGUGACCAGAAGAGUUGCUAUUGGCGGCAUCGCCGUUGUGUGGCUCCUAGCGGGGCUCAUAUCCUUCGUACCGAUCAGUCUAGAUCUUCACAGGAAUGACGAUCAACCUAAGUACAAUGACGGAGUGGAGGAGCACCCUACGUGUGCCCUAGACAUUACACCCACUUACGCGGUGGUGUCUUCUUGCAUAUCUUUCUAUGUGCCCUGCAUCGUGAUGCUGGGUAUUUAUUGCAGGCUCUAUUGCUACGCGCAGAAACAUGUAAAGAGUAUCCGUGCGGUGACGAAGCUGCCGGACACCUCUAUGGCCAAGAGUUUUCGUUCAAAGAGCAGUCGCUGCAAGCCGCCGAAGCCGCAGACGAAGACGAAGCCGACCAGCCCUUACCACGUGUCCGACCACAAGGCCGCGAUCACCGUCGGCGUAAUUAUGGGCGUAUUCCUGAUAUGCUGGGUGCCCUUCUUCUGCGUCAAUAUUGUCGCAGCCUUCUGCAAGACCUGUAUAUCUCUCCGAGCAUUUCAGGUUCUCACGUGGCUCGGCUACAGUAACUCGGCCUUCAACCCGAUAAUCUACAGCAUCUUCAACACCGAAUUCCGGGAGGCGUUCAAGAGAAUCCUCACGAAGGGAGCGCGCGCGCGGGGCAAUCAACCGUCGACCAGCGAGUGCGGUGAGUUCCGCUCCGUUGUGGUGCAGAAGCGCAACGGCUCCAUGGUCGAGUGCAACAUCAGCCCGAGAUCGAGCGCGGACAGCUGCCAGGUCGGCGUAAUGGCUCAACGGCAUCGCGACACCAUCGUCAGCGCCAUAUAAAUGUCAACGAGCGUCUUCAACUCUCUCGAUCAUCUUAAAUGAUUUUCUCUCUUGGAUCUCACUCGCCGCUUGCCUCCAGAGUCGUCGUUUCACCCUUAUUAUUCUUAAUGAGGAAUUUGCGAAACAGAAUCUAGAGACACAUUGACAUCGUCUUAUAGGAAGUGACAUGAUGUGCAAAUUUGAAUAUGCUGUAUCCAAAAUAAUUUUUACCGUAUUGAUUUCGUGUCGAAAAAAAAAACUUUCGAUUAUAAAACAGUUUUAUUUCGAUAUUUAAAAUGAACAAAUCACUGUUUGUUACUUUGCUUCGAAGUUGCAGAGAAAAAUCUAUAGUAAUCGAUGAGAAAUUGCACUUCCAAUGGGACGAUUGCGCGGUUAUCGUUUCGUACGAAACUUGCAUCAAUGUACAUAAAACCUACAUACGACGUCGCUUGUAUCAACAAGCGAGCAGAGUUUAUUCUUGCGUGCUAAACUUUAGUAUUUGCCUCCACGAAGGAUCGAAGCACCGAAGCGCCCGGCUGCUCGAAGGAAGACUUGCAACUGCAGUUACGACGGCACCGCCUCGCUAGCUCGUGUAAUAUAAAUGUAAAACUGAGGACGCUGAUAAUACUCAAUCAUAUUACUGAAUCUUUCCUCCAUCAAAACGUAGUGCGCGGUAGUUGACGCGGCUACACGUAAUAUCAAUGUUCUAGUUAGCUAUCAUUGACACUCGGCCAGUGGGUAACGUUGCUCGUGUCUCUUCGACGUGUCGGAUUCUAGAGAAACAAUAUAAUAAAUGCUCGAGCAAUAAAAACUAAGAUAUUACCGGAUAUUACAGACCUCGUGUCCUUAUCUUCAGAACAAUCGUCGUAAUCCUUGCGAUUUGAAGCGAUUAACUGAUGAAAAAUGAGCGAUGCGAGAGUUUGUUCAAAGUUUGCGAUUUUUGUUGUAAAGUGCAUGAGAAUUUUUUUCAUCACGAAAGAGCAGCGGGAGGCUGUGGUGUAUGCGCGACGGGUCGCGAAGACAUCAGUCACCAUAAUUUAAGACAAUCACCAAAACUUACUUCGAAACAUAUCCAGAAGACAUAAUCCACCGAAAUUUGUAGUGGUUUUCUUUCCAUUCAUUUAUUUAUUACUCAAACGGUACGACGACAGGCAUAGAGUGGGAUUUGUCGAUUAAUAAAGGAAUCCGAGUGUAGCGCUUAGGAUACUAAUCUUGUCAAGCAAUCAUAAUUCUCUAAUGGAGCAAUGUCGAUAGCCGAUGUUAAAAGCUGGAUGUUACUCGAGAUACCGAUACGUUUCUAAAUAGUAACGUCUGUCGAAACGUCAUAAAACAAAAAAAAAGAAAAUACUUUAUAGCAAUAGGUCAGCGCGACGGCGCGCGAGACACGCCGUGAACUACAGAAUUCAUUUUCCAUCUUGUAAAUAGCCAUUUAAUUAUUUUUCUAUUUGACGGGGCGCGAAAGGGAUGCACGGAGAGAUGCUCGCGGGGGCGCGGAGAUCUCGACUUAUGGGCGCGCUCAUCGGGUAAACUAGCGGAAUCGAGCACCCGUCGAAUCUAAACUCAAUUCUGCAUUACAUAUCCAAGCGGAAGGAAGUAGUCACGAGCCAGUUUGGCAUUCGUGAGGAUCCGUCGAGCUUCCUUGGUACAUCUAUAUCUACGAUACAAAGCGCAUUGCGAUCCGGUAUGAGAGAAAGAGAACGAGAAAGAGAGAAAACUACCGGCGUACACGAAUGCAUAUUGUUGCUGUGGAAACGAAAUGGCUGAAGGAACGACGUAGAGCUCUCUAGCCGGCACGACACGUGCGCAAUGUUGAUGUAUACUACUGAUAUAUUCGAAUGACCGUUCUCUGUAAAUACAUUAGACUAAGACUUCGACAAGA